AUGACUAUUGUGUUUAAAGAAAUUAGAAAAUGUUCUGUAAAUUUUUCCUUCAAAUCUUAUUUAUUUUUUAAUUUUUUUUAUUUCCCGAUACAACUUACGGCUGAGCAUAGAUUAAAAAUUGUUUGCUUACAUGGCCAAAAAAUAACACAGGGCAAAAUAGUCGAACAAAUUGGUGUGUCUAAGAGCACUGUAUUAAGACUCUUUUCUAAGUACAAAGAAUUAGACUACUUGUGCAUUUAA